AUGAGAAUUAAAGAUAGUUCAAAUGUAUUACAGAAACAAAGAAAUAGAAAAAGCCGAUCGCUCUUAGUUUUCCACGAGUUCGAGAAUCUUCCGUAUUUGAUGUUGGAACAGGAGAAUAAAAAAGUGGAUGAACAUGAGGCAGGAUCCGUUGCACUUCCGAAAGUUGAUAGAUUUGGAUUCGUAAAGCAGGAAGCUAACUCUCCUGAUGGUUUAACAAGGAGUAGAUCGGCCUUCGAGUAUGAGAGGGAGGAAAGAAAAAUUAGAAAAUGGAGGAAAAUGAUUGGGGUUGGAGGAAGUGAUUGGAAGCUCUACCUUCGGAGAAAACCUCAUGUUGUUAAAAGGAGAAUAAGGAAAGGAAUUCCUGAUUGUCUAAGGGGUCUUGUUUGGCAGUUAAUCUCUGGAAGUCGGGACCUCUUGCUUAUGAAUCCAGGUGUCUAUGAGCAACUAGUCAUAUACGAGACAUCUGCUUCUGAGCUCGAUAUUAUUAGAGACAUCUCUCGUACAUUUCCUUCACAUGUUUUCUUCCAGCAAAGACAUGGACCGGGUCAAAGAUCCCUUUAUAAUGUAUUGAAAGCGUACUCUGUAUUUGACCGAGAGGUUGGAUAUGUGCAGGGAAUGGGAUUUGUGGCAGGUCUGUUGCUCCUUUAUAUGAGUGAGGAAGAUGCAUUUUGGUUAUUGGUUGCAUUACUGAAAGGAGCUGUCCAUGCUCCGAUGGAAGGAUUAUAUCUGGUGGGUUUGCCUCUUGUACAGCAGUACCUAUUCCAGUUUGACCAGUUGGUGAAGGACCACUUGCCAAGGCUGGGAGAGCAUUUUGUUCAAGAAAUGAUAAACCCUAGCAUGUAUGCAAGCCAGUGGUUCAUAACUGUUUUUUCAUAUUCGUUACCAUUCCAUUUGGCUCUUCGGAUUUGGGAUGUCUUUCUUUAUGAGGAUGUUAAGAUUGUUUUUAAAGUUGGUUUGGCUCUACUGAAAUACUGCCAUGAUGACUUGGUGAAGUUACCUUUUGAAAAACUCAUACAUGCAUUACGACACUUUCCUGAAGAUGCCAUGAACCCAGAUACAUUAUUACCAAUGGCCUACGCAAUUAAGGUGUCCAAGCGUUUGGAGGAAUUGAAGGAUGAAUAUGAGAAGCAACAUGGGAAGGUAUCUGACUCCCGUAUUAAGCAGAAGCUGCAGCAAUUGAAUGAUGCAGAUGCGGCGUUGCUUCAAUCAGAGGGAAAGCAAAUUUGUGAAUAG